ACCCGCCUUUAGGUAUCAUACAUGCAUUUGUAAAAGAAGCCAGCCCUUUCUUUCAAUGCCUUAUUUAUUACUUGUCUUCUAAGAUAAUUUAAGUAUAGUUUUUCCAUUAUUUGUUCAAUCGUAUAACAGUACAUCGUUACAAAAUGAGUGAGAACGCUGAAAUAACUGGAGCAAUAUCUUCUUCCGACGAUAUCAAGAGAGCCGAAAAGUUCAAAGAAGAGGCAAACGAGUACUUCAAAAAACAAGAUUAUAAUCGAGCUAUAGAAUUGUACACAAAAGCGAUAGAAGUGGAUUCCACUGUCGCUGUAUAUUAUGGAAACAGAAGUUUUGCCUACCUGAAAACAGAAUGUUUCGGAUAUGCCUUGACAGAUGCCUCGAAGGCAAUUGAAUUAGACCGAAACUAUGUAAAAGGCUAUUACAGAAGAGCAGCGGCUUACAUGUCGCUGGGUAAAUUCAAGCUUGCUCUCAAGGAUUAUGAAACAGUAACAAAAGCUAGACCAAACGACAAGGAUGCCAAAACAAAAUUCACUGAGUGCAAUAAAAUGGUGAAGAAACUAGCUUUCGAAAAAGCAAUCUCCGUUGAAGAGAAUAAGAAAAAUAUAGCGGACACAAUUAAUCUUGAAGAUAUGGCAAUUGAAGAUGAAUACACCGGACCAAAACUUGAAAACGACAAAGUAACCUUGGAGUUUAUGACGGAUUUAAUAGCAUGGUAUAAGAAGCAAAAUAAACUUCAUCGCAAGUAUGCCUACAAGAUUCUUCUUGAUAUCAAGGCAUGGUUCACGGCGCAGCCAAGCUUAGUUGAUAUUUCUAUACCUGACGAGAGCAAGUUUACCAUUUGCGGUGAUAUACAUGGCCAGUAUUAUGAUCUACUCAACGUAUUCAAGCUGAAUGGUCUACCCUCGGAAACCAACCCUUAUUUAUUUAAUGGAGAUUUUGUAGACAGAGGAUCCUUCUCUGUGGAGUGUAUAUUCACGUUGUUCGGCUUCAAGCUUCUAUAUCCCAAUCACUUUUUCAUGUCCAGAGGAAAUCAUGAAUCUGCAACUAUGAAUCAAAUGUACGGCUUUGACGGCGAGGUCAAGGCAAAAUACACGGCACAAAUGGCGGAACUUUUCACAGAGGUUUAUAACUGGCUGCCUCUCGCACAUUGUCUCAACGGUAAAGUGCUUGUGAUGCACGGAGGACUAUUUUCAAGGGACGAUGUGACGCUGUCCGAAAUCCGGGAAAUAGAUAGAAACCGGCAACCACCAGAAGAAGGGUUGAUGUGUGAAUUGUUGUGGUCAGACCCGCAGCCUCAGCCCGGCCGAGCUCCUAGUAAAAGAGGGGUUGGUGUCCAAUUUGGUCCCGACGUCACACACAAUUUCCUCACUCUGAACGGGCUUGAUUACAUCGUUAGAAGUCAUGAAGUGAAAAAUGAAGGCUAUGAAGUUGCACAUGAUGGCAAAUGUAUCACAGUUUUCUCAGCUCCCAAUUACUGUGAUACCAUGGGUAACCGAGGUGCCUUUAUCACGCUCACCGGUAAAGAUAUGGAACCCAAUUUCACAUCGUACGAAGCAGUGCCCCAUCCGAACGUGAGGCCAAUGGCGUAUGCUAAUUCCUUACUAAAAUUCAUGUGCUAGUGGGGUGGUUUUAGGAAUAAUAAUGAUAAUUGAAUAAUUGAUAAUUGAAUACAACUAGCCAAACAAAGUGUGUAUUAUAUUUGAUACCAAUCCGAAAGUGAUACAACGUAAUCACUUUCCAACACCCAUAAUUACUACAUUUAAUCAAAGAAGACAAGACAAUUUAUUGUAUCAUCAUUGCGGAUGUCAUCGCAAGAUUGAGGUAUACAGAAUCAUGUUUGAA